CCCGCACAAAGUAACAUGCCACCCUGGCAUCGUCCAAAGUCGCUCGCACGCCCGCAAACCUGGCACUCGUUCAAGGCGAUCGAUCCGGACACCAGCCAGCUGGCCCGCUACCACGUGCAGGACCUGCCCGAGGAAUGCCGCGAGGAAGCCGUAGACUUACUCGGGCGACACUUCCUGCCGGAUGAGCCGCUCUGUCGAGCGUUACGGAUCCCGGAAGAUCUGGCGAGCCGUUCGGAGCUUCACCGGAUCUGGAGGGAGCUGACCGGUCAGCGAAUCGCGCAGGUUUGCUACCGGGAAGCGAGUGACGAGAUCGUUGCGCUGGACUUGCUAAACGUGGUCGGGAAGGAAGAUCGUUUGGAGGUUCAGAGUGAGCGACUUGGGCGGGUCUUUAAGGUUGGUGAUCUCUUGUGCGAGAGAGGUGAUCUGUUUCAGAGGUACAAGGCGGAGUUUUUGUUAUCUUCGGGAGGACUUUUGGUGACACCAAAGUAUCGGGGGUUUAAAGUUGCGACGGAGAUGUUGCGGACUAGAAGAGUUGUCUGCGAGGCAAUGGGGUUGAAACUUAGUGCAACGGUGUUUACGAGUCCUGGGUCGCAAACUGCAGCGAAAAAAGUUGGUUUCAAGGAAGAAGUGGUCAUGAGCUAUGAAGAAUUGAGGACAGAACAUGAUUAUCCAGAAGUAAACUAUAAAUUUGUGAAAUUGAUGACAUUGUUAGUGGAAUAACAAAAGAUACUUCAUGUGGAAAAGUUGCACCCAAAUCAAGCAACUCUGACAUAAAAUGUCAUCUAACUGAUUGACAGCUGUUCAAUGACAAAAUGCAAACUCAACGUUUUGUCCCAGUUGGAAAAAGUAUUGUGAAAAUUGCCAAAUAGUCAACAAGUGGUUGGAACUUUAAAUUUGAAAUAUUUCAAAUCAAUUAAGAGAGGAGAAAAUAGUUCUCUCUCUCAAAGUGUUACCUAUUACUCAAGAAAAAACUUAGAUGUAAACAAACAGUCGAGCAAACGUGUCUAGUUGUGUGCUGUGUCUUGCUGGUAAUUCCUGCAAAUUUUACGAUUUCAACAAAAAAACCCCAAAAAUUCUCGCGAAACAUUUCCCCACCGCGCACCGCACCAUGUCCACCCCAAUCGAUCUCCCGAAUCUCCGCGCCACCAUCGAAUCCCGCUGGGCGGAACUGCACACCAAUCCGGACCAUCGUAACAUUUUUCGCUACCAGCUGGCCAUCGAACGAGAGCGCACUCUCCCCGGUCGGUUCGGCUUUCUCACGCAGCUGAACCCGAAACGAAUGACGGAGCGUCGAAAGCCGGAAGUUAUCCGCAGUUUGCGGCCACCGUUCGAGCCGGAACGGUUCCACUUCAACAAGGUGGACGAGAGGGAGGUGAUGGGGGAGGUUACGAUCGGGGGCACGGCGGUGUCUUUGUUGAUCAACAACAGUCCGCUGACGGAGUUUCAUACGCUAUUAGUGCCGGAGAGGGAGGCGAAUUUGGCACAGGUUCUAACGAAAGUAGGCGUGGAGGCUGCGGUCAGGGUUAUGCUGGAGUUCAAAGAGGUUGACUACCGAAUUGGGUUCAAUAGCCCUGGAGCGUUGGCUUCCGUCAAUCACCUUCACCUUCAUUUGCUGCUGGUGAAGCAUCGACUGUACGUGGAAGACGCGCCCCUCACCCCGCUAGGAAACAACCUCUACCGACUCGACGACUGUCCCGCUAAAGCCUACUGCUUCCAGCUGGAAGACCCCUCGUCCGCCCCAAACUUCAUCGCUCUAAUCUACCGCGCCAUCGAGCUGCUCCUGGACGCCGGCAUCGCGCACAAUCUGUUUUUCACGUGGAACUCCGGUGGGACCGUGCUGCGGGCGCUAGUCUACCCGCGGUCCCGGCCGUGCGAGUACAAACAGGUGCUGCCGCUGAACGUGGCGUUCUGCGAGCUUAGCGGCUACGUCCCUUUGGCGGACCCCGCGGACUAUGACAGCAUGACGGAACGGAGACUGGAGGAGCACUUUGGGCAGGUUCAGGGCGCGGAUGUGUAUCGGGAGGUGGAGCCGCUGUUGGUGGAGGGGUUGAGGGAUCUUGGUGAAGGAGGUGAAAGUGGAGAACUGUCAAAAUAGUCGAAGUA